GGCUGUUUUCGUGUGCCUGUUUUUCUAUUUUACGUAAAUCACCCUGAACAUGUUUGCAUCAACCUACUGGUGAUGCACCUUUGAUCAAUAAAUUUUAGACAAAAGUAGUUUUUGAGUCCAAAGAUCAGGGCUGGGUUGACCUACAGACUGGAUCCUGGGUGUAUAAAACAGGGGCAAGGCGCAGGCUGAUAGCAGAGCAAUCACCACCAAGUCUGAUAUAACUACAAGAGCUCAGCUGAAGCCUUCCUGAAGGGCCAGGGAGCGAGGAUGGAGGAAGGAAUGAACGUUCUCCAUGACUUUGGGAUCCAGUCAACACGCUACCUCCAGGUGAAUUACCAGGACUCCCAGGAUUGGUUCGUCUUGGUGUCCGUGAUCGCUGACCUCAGGAAUGCCUUCUAUGUCCUCUUCCCCAUCUGGUUCCAUCUUCGAGAAGCUGUGGGCAUCAAACUCCUCUGGGUAGCUGUGAUUGGAGACUGGCUCAACCUUGUCUUUAAGUGGAUUCUCUUUGGACAGCGCCCGUACUGGUGGGUCCUGGACACCGACUACUACAGCAACACCUCCGCGCCACUGAUCAAGCAGUUUCCGGUCACCUGUGAGACCGGACCAGGGAGUCCCUCCGGCCAUGCCAUGGGUACAGCAGGUGUAUACUAUGUGAUGGUCACAUCCACUCUCUCUAUCUUUCGGGGAAAGAAAAAGCCGACCUACAGAUUUCGGUGCUUGAACGUCAUUUUGUGGUUGGGAUUCUGGGCCGUGCAGCUGAACGUCUGUCUGUCACGAAUCUACCUUGCUGCUCAUUUUCCCCAUCAGGUUGUUGCUGGAGUUUUGUCAGGCAUUGCUGUUGCUGAAACUUUCCGCCACAUUCAGAGCAUCUACAAUGCCAGUCUCAAGAAAUACUUUCUCAUUACCUUCUUCCUGUUCAGUUUUGCCAUUGGAUUUUACCUGCUGCUAAAGGGGCUGGGUGUAGACCUCCUGUGGACUCUAGAGAAAGCCAAGAGACGGUGUGAGCAGCCAGAAUGGGUUCACAUUGACACCACGCCUUUCGCCAGUCUCUUCAAGAACAUGGGGACCCUCUUUGGCCUGGGACUGGCUCUCAACUCCAGUAUGUACAGAGAGAGCUGCAAGUGCAAGUUUAGCAAGUGGUUUCCAUUCCGCCUCAGCUGCAUCGUGGCCUCCCUUGUCCUCCUGCACCUCUUUGACUCUUUGAAACCCCCAUCCAAAAUCGAGUUGAUCUUCUAUGUCCUGUCCUUCUGCAAGAGUGCGGCAGUGCCCCUGGCAUCUGUCAGUCUCAUCCCCUACUGCCUCGCCCGGGUGAUGGGCCAGCCGGACAAGAAGUCUUUGUAAGGGAUGUGGAGUCUUCAGUAUUUACAGUCAAUGACUGUGCCAAGGACUGAGGGCAGCUAAGGUCUUCCGCCAGCCCAUUUUGAGGCCAGAGGUGCUAGAGUCAGCUCAGCCGAUCUCCUUCCUCCUUUGCAAAUCUAAUUGCAUUGAGUGAUGCUUCUUGAAAAGCUAAUAAGGCUAUUUGAGGAAGCCUUGUCUGUUAGAAGUUGGGUUGUUCUGGAUUUUUCCCUGAAGACUUACUUGUUGUUCUGUCAGAUAUACAAAAGCAAGACUUCCAAAUAGGGCCAGCUCCAAUCCCAGGCUGGGGAUCCCAACUGAGAAUUUUCUACCAGUGCUCAUCCUUACCCAGAAAAGGAGAAAGGAGCAGUGGAUUUGAUAGGGAAAGAACG